GGGUUGUAGUCCGCUAUAAAACCCACAGAAGAAGAAGAGCUUUUUCUGAAACAGUGAAGAGGAGGCUGUCAUAGUAUAUGCAAGGGGCAUACAUUGUGUUGCACUGACUGCAGAUUCUUGGUACCAACAUGAUGAGAGUUGGAGGCAUCUUAAAGUUUGCUACAUUGGUUUCGGUCUUUUUCCUGGCAGUUUUCCUUGCCUUCCAGCUGCUGGAAAUUAAUAUGGACUUCAAUUUGGGGAGGUCUAUGCCUGUAGAGGAAGGCUCUACCAGAUUGGCCCGCUACAAGUGUGGCCUCUCCAAGCCAUGUCCCGAGGGACACUUCUCCUUUAAGAUGGCCAGCGGAGCAGCCAGGGUUGUGGGUCCCAAAAUCUGCCUGGAGGACAACAUAUUGAUGAGCGGCGUCAAGAACAACGUGGGCAGAGGAAUUAACAUCGCUCUGGUUAACGGAAAGACAGGGGACCUCAUCAAGACCGACUCCUUUGACAUGUGGGCGGGAGAUGUCAAAACGCUCAUCACAUUCCUGAAGACUAUCGAGGAAGGAACCGUAGUGAUGAUGGCCACAUUUGACGAUUCGUCCACAAAGCUGAAUGACGAGUCCAAGACGAUGAUUGGUGAACUGGGCAGUUCCAGCAUCAGCACAUUGGGCUUCAGGGACAACUGGAUCUUUGUGGGGGGCAAAGGGAUUAAGACCAAGAGUCCCUUUGAGCAGUACAUAAAGAACAACGCCGGCACCAACAAAUACGAGGGCUGGCCCGAGGUGCUGGAGAUGGAAGGCUGCAUACCCCAAAGACAGGAGUGAUCUUUGAACUUUAACCCUCAAUCGGCCAACUCCCGUUCCCUUCAUAUUCGACCCCUUCAUGCCUUUGGCUGUGUCUCUCAUUCUUCUCUUAAAAUAGUGUACUUGCACCUUUCCUAUGAUGGCUCUAACAAUGGUGGAACCUCCCUCCACCCAAUGUUAACACCAACACAGCCUUUGCAUUUUAGAGACUGUCCCUCUGCGUUGCAGCUGUCAAUGUUCUCAGCAAUCGGUGUUUGACAUCAGGGAGCGUCCUUGUAUCUUCCUGUGUUUGUUUGUGUCAAGGUAUUGUCUAUUUAUGGAAAGAGGAAUGGAAGGGUAGCUGGUUUGGCAGAAACUCCUGUUAUUGGUUAUUCAGCAGAAUGUACCAAGGUCACUGUGAUAUUUGUAAAUAGAACUACAAAAAAAUUAACAAACUUUUGAACAUCCAUAUUGUAAUAAUAUAAAAUAUUGGAAAGCUAUAUGGCUUGUUAAGAUCCUUGUUACUGAAGAGUGAAUUUAUAUUAUAGCUUUUUUAUCUUUAGUGAUUGGUCUUUUUUAAAUCAUACAUUUUUGUGUGGGUUGGGAGUGGAAUGAAUGAGAAGCGUGUAGCUAAAGCGUGCGAGUGGAGAGUUUGUAUUUUGUGUGCAUCUUCCUUGGAUAGAAUGGGAAUCGUUGGUUUUGGAUGGGGGUCAUGUACGUAAGUGUUUCAGUAAAAAUCUAUAGAUAUUUUUGAGGGAAAUAUUUAGCUGAUUGUUAAACAAUUGAUUUGUUUAUCUAUCAGCCUUGGAAAAAACAUUCAAGAAAUAGGUACAUUACAAAGAUGACUAGGUUUUGAUUUUGCGGCUAGAUCUUACUUGAAUAAGUAUCCAGUAUCUCUGGUUUACUUUAAAGACUACUAACUCUCUGCAUCUCAUAGCUCUUCCACUUGACUCUCCUAAAGGGUUGAUUACGUCAUUGCGACUGAUUUAUUUUUUUAUAUGAUACAAAAACUGCCUAGGCUGACGCUCUUACCUUUUUUAGCUGUGUUACUGCUUGCUUUUGUAACAUUGCGUCAUAUCCCCACUGGAUCUUCUUCAAUGAGCUGUCUCGGUACACUACCACUGUACAUUAGCCUUGGUCAUAUUAGCUCCAAUUCAACCCAGCUGUCAUUUUGUCACACUUGAAAUGGAGUAAACUACACACUCACGUGCAAUAGUCAGUUGGAUUAUUCAAUGGAUUGAUUUAAUGUUCUGUGUGUGAAGUUGAAUCCGUUGGGAGAUUAUUGCAUAUGCAAUUAUGUCCUCUCAUACACUUUGUAAGCAUGGUAACACCCGGUGCUAAAAAUAGCAAACGUUUAGGAGUGUAAUGUUGAACUCUCUUGUUGCCCAAAACAUCUCACCUCUGUCCCCUAGUUGGUUCAAAGCACAACACUGUCUGUUUUGGUCAAAUGGCAGAUAUACAAUCCUGGUUCCAGUUUUGUUUGCGUUUAGCGCAGUACAUGUAACCUAACACAAUGUGAUUGUGCAGGUGAUUCUGAAACCUGUUCCCCCAGCCACUUUUCUGUGGAGUCAUUGUAAUGAAGGGUUUGCCCUUUAGCCUUGACAUUGGCAGGAUAUUUUUACACAAUGAAUUGCAUCCUACACAUUGCAUUUAAAAAAAAAAAGAUAUUUAUUGUUGUGUUCUUUAGUUUCAUUUGAAGACGUGAAGUGAAAAGGCCAAAUCGAAACUCCAUCGAUGCCAUUCCAAAAAAAAGGUUUGCCCUUCCUGCUCUUAAUGGAUUUCAGCCCACACUGUGCCUUGUCUGAUUUACAAAUCCAUAGACAGUCUGUACUAUUUCCUAUUUCUGCACCUCCACUAAACUACUGAUUUGUUAAUCAUACCCAUCAUAUUGUUGUUGCAAGGGAUGUCCUACAUCUGUGUCAUGCAAGGGAUGUCCUACAUCAUAUUGUUGUUGCAAGGGAUGUCCUACAUCUGUGUCAUGUGAAACAUUUUAAACAACUUACCAUUCAUGAGAGUGAUUGAUUAAUAAAGCUCAUCCUGUCUUUAUUGGACUGAUUAAUAAAGCUCAUCCUGUCUUCA